AUGAGUCAAUUAGGAGGAUCUAUCAACUUGCCAUUUGGUAGAUGCAUGCAGCUACAAGAACUGGAUGCAUAUGAUAUGAUUCCAAAUAUCGAAGUUAUGCCUCGAGAGCCACCACAGUUUACUGUUGGAUUGGAGAAGCCAUUGAAGGAUUUAAAGAAUGAAUUAUUCGAGGAUGGAAUGUCCAUGGUUGUAUUAACAGCUCCUAGUGGAUGUGGAAAGACCACGUUGGCUAAAAAACUUUGUCAAGAUGAAGCUAUUAAAGGAAAAUUUAAAGAUAAUAUCUUCUUCAUCACUGUUUCAAAAUCACCUGAUCUGAAGUUCAUUAUACAGCAGCUAUUUUGGCAUAAGGGGCAUUCGGUCCAUGAGUUUAGAACUGAUGAAGAAGCACUAAACUGCUUGGAGCAAUUGCUGAAGCAAAUAGGAACAAAGCCUAUAUUAUUGGUCCUCGAUGAUGUCUGGUGUGGAUCAGAGAGCCUUCUGGAAAAGUUCCAAGUUCCAAAUACCAGGAUACAAGAUUUUGUUGACAUCAAGACAGCCGAUCUGCAAAAUGGCAUCUCUAACAAUGUAGAAGAAGAUGUGGUGAAGAAGGCAAUUUUACAAUUCGGAAGAGCAUGUAAAUUUCUUAGUAUGCAUACUACCUCCAAAAUCAUGUUUGUUUUUCUGUUCCAUAUUUGGGUUUAUCAUUGCUACUGCAAUAAUCUGAUUGAAUUGCCUGUUGGACUCUGUGACAUUGUCUCCCUAAAGAAACUCUGCAUCACCUACUGUCAAGACCAGUCCAUAAUGCCUCAAGAAAUUGGAAAGUUGGUGAAUCUACAAGUCUUGAUUCUUGGUUCCUGCAUAAAUUUGUUGGAGUUGCCAGACACCAUUGGAAGCCUCCAGGAACUCAGCAUUCUUGACAUAUCAGACUCUAUUAAUUUUAAGAAAUUGCCAGGACAGAUUGGUGAGCUGCAGAAUCUAAGAAAGCUUUACAUGACGGGAUGCUCAAAUUGCGAGCUACCUAAGUCAGUCGCCAAUCUUGUGCAGUUGAAGUCCUUGAUCUGUGAUGAGAAAACAGCGAAAUUAUGGAAACCUUUCAGGCGCUACCUCACAAACUUGACUAUUAAAAUUUUCUACCGACAAGAUCAAGAGAUGUCAAUUGUUAUUGAUGCUGCAACAGGAAUGGUACUGGCCGAGUUGAUUAAAGUUGUGGUAGAUGCAAAGAACAAAGUAGAGAAGUUCGAAACUAUCUUGGAGAGCAUGGAAUCCACUCUAACAUCUGUAACUAGAGAGCUUGACAAGAUAAAAGUGGUAAACACAGAAUUGGAUUGUGGAAAUGAUAAGGAAAUGAAGAUAUUGUUGGAACAAAUAGGGAAAGGGAAGAAGAUUGUCAUGCCGGUGCUACAAGCCAGGAUUCAGCAGCAGGCAUUGGCGGUGGCGAUGGACAUUCGUGAGGAUGUGAAAGACAUUCGCAAGAAGGUGAAAGACAGUCAUUAUUUUGGGAAAGAUUUGCAUGAUGAGGUCAAAGACAUCAGUAAGGAGGUAAAGCAUGUGGAGGAGAUCCGUGAUGCUGUGGAAAAUACCCAUAAUGGUGUCGAAGGCAUUGAUAAUCACGUCAAAGAAGUUCUUGACAAGGUGAGAAGAGUACCAGAAAUGUAUGCAGACGUGAAAGAGACUCACGCCGAAGUGAAAGGAAUACGCGAGGACAUGAAAGAUCUCCGUUCAAAUAUGAAAAAUUGGAAGCCAGCCAAUGAAUUACCUUAUAUGCCUCCAGAGCCACCACAGGAGCUCCAACGCUUAAACAACACAGCAUCUUUGUAUCCAUGUAAACCUCCAGAGCCAUCAGAGUUCACCGUUGGGUUGGACAUGCCAUUCAGAGAAUUAAAGAACGAACUUUUCAAGGAUGGCCCGACCAUGAUUAUAUUAACUGGUCCUCAAGGAUGUGGAAAGACCACGUUGGCUGCAAAACUAUGUCGAGAUGGAGAUAUUAACGCCCCAUUAUGUCUUGGACUGCUUACCGGCGGAUAG